AUGGAGCUUUGGGCUCUGAUGCAGCUGCUUCUCCUGGGGACACUCUUGGGGGCAGCUCAUGGACAAGCAGAUGAACUCAACUCAGAGGAAGAACGAAAAGCUCUGAUGCUGAAGCAUUUGCAAGAAGUCUUGGAGUUGUCCGAAAUGACUGACCAAGAGGAUGCCCAUGAGGUGGAGUUGACUGAAGUGAAGGAACCAGAUGGCAAGAAGCUGGAUGAAGAGACCAAGAAGGAAGAACUUGAAGAAGAGGUUCUACACCCCACCCAGCCAUGGGUGGCAUCUACAGCAGCCCCAUCCGAGGAAGAGGAUAGCUUCACUUAUGUGUUAUCACGACUGAACAGUCUCGAGGCAGCGGUCCACCGUCUCAACGUGCAAUUCUAUCACAUGGAUGUGCGAGUGUCACAGUUCUCCCAAGGUCUGGCUGAAUUGAAAGGGGGCCUGGCUGAGGCUAGUGAGUCACUUGUCUCUCUGAAUGAAGUUGCCAUACGCAAUCAGAAAGAACUUGGACGCAUUGAUGGUUGCUUGCGUGGCCGGCGCACUCAAACUAAAUGUUUCCUGAUCUUCAAGCACUUUGAGGUCUACAAUGCAGCCCAAAAACUUUGUGAAGCCAGAGGAGGGCAUUUAGCCAUGCCAGUGGAUGAUACCGAGUUGACUGUCCUGCGCCGCUAUCUCUAUGAUGCUUUUCAGCCUUACAAUUGGCCAUCCUGGGUGGGCAUCAAUGACCGGCGUUCUGAAGGGUUGUGGCUUUUUGAGAAUGGUCAACGUGUCUCUGUCUUUGACUGGUACCGAGACCAUCUGGUGACUCAACCCAAUGGUGGCAUCCGUGAGAAUUGUGUCUCCCUCAGCUCAGAUGAUGGGAAAUGGUGGGACAAUGACUGUGAAAGGCGCAUGUAUUACAUCUGUGAAUAUCGCCUCUAGUGUUGUAUCCCUUUUCAAUGCUCAGUCCUUGGUUUUGGUUGCACUGGUGCCCUUUCCCUACUAGUCUAUGGGUCCAGUGACAGCUACAAGUUCUGGAUAUUCCAUGUCUCCCCAAUUUUAUACAUGGAUCUAUUUGUUUCCCUUCUUCACCUGCCAUACCCUCCCAGCUAAUACUCUUCAAAUGUAAGGAAUGGCAGCUUCCUGGUAUUUUUAUCAAGAUGAAUUUUUCUGUACUGGGCAGGUUUUAGUCCCAAACAGAUAGUAUUUCAUUUAGAAAGCAGCUGUAUCCUACAGUCUGCAGAGAAAAAGGGAUUUUUAAAAAUUCUUUUAUUAAAGUAUGUAACAUGUUCAGUGUCUAAAAGGGUUAACCCAUGUUUUGCUUUGGAAGCCUUGAAAAAAACUAAAAAGGACACUAGAGCCCAUCCUUCUUUGGUGACAUUCCUGAAUCACUGGCACGCCCCCUGCAGGCCACAAAAGACAAUUUUUAAAAAAAUGCCAGGCUCCUGGUGGUGGUGGUAGGGAAUCACUUAUUUAGCCCUAAGCAAACAGAAAAAAUACAUAAAGUGCCUCUUGCUUCUUUUUAGUGCGUAGUAAAUCUGCAGUAACAGUUGAGUAGGAAAUCAGUAUUCAUUACAUGCCAAAGCCAGGGAAAAAAGCCUAGAAUCUAAAUCUGUAUUGAAAAUCCUCUGUCCACAAUACCCUGUUCACUGACAACAUGGAGAUAACAGAAUCCAUUCCUCAUUGGAUCUCUUCAGGAUCUCAAACUUAGUUGGGAUCAUUGUCUUCUGAAGUUUUAGCCCUUUGUCCUUACCCCAGUUAAUUGAUCCAGGCACUUAGUAUUAGCAACGGACGAAAAUAUCCUUCUUGGAGCUUUUUCCCUACAGCCCUGCACUAGCAAUUGCAGUUCGGAUGAAAAAGGUUUCCAUCCUAUAUGAUUUGGCCCUGCAGGACUGCAUGCAGCUCCUAAACCCAUGAUGGCGAACCUAUGGCACGCGUGCCACAGGUGGCAUACAGAGCCAUAUU